GGUAGUAGACCAAACUACAUCCACUGAAAAGAACCCGCUGCUGCUCUUGCCAUCGGUCUCUUCGCUCUUAAUUAAACCACUUAUUUAUUAUUCACUCCUUUCUGCUCUCUGAUCCUGUCAUCCCUCAUCAUGUCUAAAGGCACAGUGGUUCUAGCCUACAGCGGGGGACUGGACACCUCCUGCAUCCUGGUGUGGCUCAAGGAGCAGGGCUAUGACGUCAUUGCAUACUUGGCCAAUAUUGGACAAGAUGAGGAUUUUGAAGCUGCCCGGAAAAAAUCAGAAAGCCUUGGAGCAAAGAAGGUUUUCAUUGAGGAUCUGCGUAAAGAGUUUGUGGAGGAUUUUAUCUGGCCGUCUGUUCAGGCCAACGCCGUCUAUGAGGAUCGAUACCUUCUGGGUACGGCCAUAGCGAGGCCGUGCAUUGCCCGUCGUCAGGUUGAGAUUGCACGCAAAGAGGGGGCUCAGUUUGUGUCCCAUGGGGCCACUGGAAAGGGAAAUGACCAGAUACGCUUUGAGCUCUCGUGCUACGCUCUAUACCCAGAGGUCAAGAUCAUUGCACCAUGGAGGAUCCCUGAGUUUUACAAUCGCUUCAAGGGGAGAACAGAUCUGAUGGAAUAUGCACAGAAACAUGGCAUCCCAGUGCCAGUCACUCCUCGUGCCCCCUGGAGCAUGGAUGCCAAUCUCAUGCAUAUCAGCUAUGAAUCAGGCAUGUUGGAGAAUCCAAAGAGCCACGCUCCAGCUGACCUCUACCUGAUGACAAAAAACCCAGAAGAUUCUCCAAACAUCCCAGAUGUGCUGGAGAUUGAGUUCAAAAAUGGAGUUCCUGUCAAAGUGGUGCAUGUGAAGGAAGGGAAAACCAAAGAAACACCACUGGAUAUUUUCUCAUACCUCAAUGAAAUAGGUGGAAAGCAUGGGGUCGGUCGGAUUGAUAUUGUGGAGAACCGUUUCAUCGGCAUGAAGUCACGCGGGAUAUAUGAAACUCCUGGAGGCACUAUCCUGCUGACGGCCCAUGUAGACAUUGAGACCUUUACCAUGGACAAAGAGGUCCGCCGGAUCAAACAGGGACUUGGCAUCAAGUUCUCUGAACUUGUGUACAACGGCUUCUGGUACAGUCCAGAGUGUGACUUUGUGCGACACUGCAUAGCCAAGUCCCAGGAGAACGUUGAGGGAAAGGUCCAACUGUCUGUCUUCAAGGGUCAGGUUUACAUCCUGGGACGAGAGUCACCCAAGUCGCUGUACAAUGAGGAGCUGGUCAGCAUGGAUGUACAGGGAGACUAUGACCCUUGUGAUGCCUCUGGAUUCAUACGGAUUAAUGCCGUCAGGUUAAGAGAGCAUCAUCGUUUGCAGGGUUUCUCUGGAACCAAACAGUAACUGUUCUCACUGUGUCUUAAACUCUACUAGGUCUAGACUUCAUUCCUCCAACGUAAACCUGUUGCCUUAUUCUCUUGUGUAGUUUUAUCAGGGUAAAAAUACAAUAACCUCCUUCUGUCUAAACUGUUUCUCACACCGUGAAGAGUUAAAAAAACAGAAUUGGAUCAAUACUUACAUGUAUACUAAACAUCAGUGGUUGAUAAAAGUUUCUUGGUGUUAGUUACUGAAUUUGUUUCCUUCUUCAGCGGUGUCAAGUAAUGUAUUCAUUGCUAUAUAUAAUUAUUAGUUUGAACUAUACUAUAAAAUAAUGAAAAAUUAAAAUACUUUGAUUGACUUAGUUGUAUAAAUGUCCCCAUUAAAACAAUUGGGCAGUUAUUCUCCUGCAGGCAAACAAAUCACACAUUAUAGCCAUCAGCAAACAGUUGGUACAGAUUUUAGUCUCUUUGCCAUAAAUGCAAGUGCUCUAUUAAACUGCUUGGUUAUACCUUCUCUGUUAGCCUACUGGAUUCAUUGUAAACAAACUUUUGUGGAAUCAAAUGUUUUAUUUUUCUGUUGGUGUCAGGAGUCUUUUCAUAAGAGAAUCCUGGAGGAUUUUGAGCUAAACUGGAAGAAAUUAGAGGUUUUCUACCAUCUUUAUUUUUAUUUUCUCUUCAGCAGUACAACAAAACAAAACUAUUAUUGACAGCUGAUCCUCUGUGUUAAAGCCUCAUCUUUUAUCUUUCAACCUUAGUCGUUUUUAUUUUCUUACCUUAAACUGAAAAUUGAAUCCUCUCUUUUGUGGCUGUUAAAUGUCUUUCCAGAGCUCAUCUGGUUUGUUUGUGUAGGUGGCUCAAAUCUAUUGGUGCUUGUGUUUGUUCAAUUUGUAGGAGGAGCUUGUAUCUUAUUCGCUAUCAUUAGACUUGCUCUCUUGCAGUUUCUCAUGAUCGAGCGGUUUCUAGCUUUUUUUUUUAAAUAAUAAACUUGAUUUGAUUCCAUAUGGUACCUAAAAAGGAGCUAAUUUUCUUUCUUGGGAAGUUAAAGGUUUUGAUCAUACAGUUGGUCGGUUUUGAAAAGAACAGAGACUAACAUUAGCUUGUUAAUGCCACCAAAAAGUGUGCAAUCAAAGUUAAAAGCAGAUAAAUGGUAGCUGUGUGUACAUGUUUCAAUCCUUUUGCUUGCAUUUAAAUGUAAGGGGAUAACUGAUCCAAAAUAAAGUGUGUAACAUGCCUCCUGGUAUCGCUGCACGCCUGUUUAACUCUUGUAUUUCAUAUUCUCAAGGACGCCGCAUCAUGUUAACGAUAUGCAGAUGGAGGUGGGCAAAGACUGGAGUAAAUACUCAUGGAUCAUAGAAGAUAGCUACUGGAGCAGAAGUGAUGAGGCUGUUCCUGAGUACAGACAACACAAGUCAAAUGGAAGGAAAAUCAUUUUGUUCACAUAUGAAUAUUUUACUUCUCGGCUUUGGGUCCCUUCAGUCAGAGAAGAAAGGUACGCCUCCCAGAGAGCUCAAGUACAAGAUA